AUGACAUCUACAGCACCGCGGACAGCCAGAGCAACAGGAAUAGUUGACUCUAACCCCCUUAACCAGUUCCUGCUGGAAUCCAAGUCGGAUAAGAUGAUUUGCAACGAACUUCAGGCCUUAAGCCACCUGAUAUUUCAGCAUAUUGAAAACCACUACCAUUGCUUGCCAGCUAAGGGCAGUUAUAGUGCACUUUCCAGCACUCUAUUGACCCUAGGGCUGGAGGAGAAAAGCUCAAUUCCUUGCGGCCAGCUGGUGAAGAUCACACUUGAUCCCAAGACUCGACUUAUGGCUCUCCAGCACAUCAUUACGUCUGUUGUCUUCAGGAGUGUUGCUUUCUCGCAAGAUUCACCGGUCUCCCUGCUUCCUGCAUCCGUUUCCACGUUUCUGCAGGAAAUUUCCCCAGUAGAGAGGCAUAGGGGAAGCCAGGAAGCCUUCUUCCUCGCACUUACACAGUGGCGACAGCUCUCCGCAUUCCUGCUUCACCCGAACCGCAGCGAGCGUAAUCCACUGACACCGCACAAUGCUACGAUUGCGCCACGGGCGAGGGAGUUGAUUCAUAAGCUCGAGCCGUUCUUGGAUAUAUUCGUCGAUCCUAAGUUACGGAAAAACCAGCAGGAGCAUCUGGAAGAUGUAACAAUGGAGUGUGCCAAGUUUGGCUACCUCCUUUUCUCGCAGCGCGAGGAACUCCGCAUGAGCUUCGAGCUGGGCCAAGAGCGCUCUGGUAGUACGGAACUAGUGGUCUGCCCCGGGCUCGACAGAGUCAGCGACGACCAGGGCAAAAGAUACCCCGUCCCGCAGCCAAUUUGUUCGCCACAGAUGAAGUCAUUCAAAUAG